GGGUGGGGCAGGAGGGCUGCAGUUACGCAGCUCGAGGUCCAGGGUGCCAAGCCAACCUACGCUGACAUCGGUCACCCUGUGGCCUGAAGCUGGCCCCACUUAGGGCAUGCUCUGAAGUGGGUGGGUUACUUAUUCACAUGCUGAUUCAGUAUCUCAUCGUCAUGAAGGUGAGCGUGGCUGUGUGGGGCUGAUUCAGUGCACAUUUAGGUAACUGUCUGACCCUCAGUCAUCAGGGCCCUGGAAUCAUUCUAAACAGCCCCAUGGUUUGAAACGCCAAGGGAUCUGACCCCCUCGGCCACCUCCAUCAGGACAGACCUCACUCAAAGGGGCAGCCUCAGGGGAGGGCCCAGACUCUUCCAGACAAAGCCAGGUCUAACUGGAGAGUGAGGGGCGAGGGCCACUCUGCCUGGCUGGCUGAGGGACACAGGCAGAGCCCAGGGCAGGUGGGGGUCACAGAGACGACCAGUGCUCCCAGGACCUUCCUCGAACAGCUGAGAAGACCUCUCGCCCAGCUGGAGACUGCCAAGAGCUGGCUCUGAGGAGCCAUGGACACAGAGGGCCCCAGCCCCCUCGCCUUCCUCACAGCUCCAGCCACGCCGGGGAGGCUCUCAGAGGCCGUUGACCCCAUCCCCGUGCUCAUUGCCCUGGCCUGCGUCUUCCUUCUGCUGGCCACCUGUCUGCUCUUCAUGACCCUCUGCAAGCCCCGCGCACUGGACCCGAGCCGCCGCCGGGCCCGCGAGUGCAUGCCCCACCACCCGGGGAGCCCCAGCGAGCCGCAGCUCCGCCUCUGGAAGCGCCUGGGCUCGCUGCGCCGCUCCCUGCCCAGCUUCCGCCGCGGCCGGCCUGCCCCCCGGCGCCCCCUGCCGGGCAGAGAGGACAACCACGACUGCGACUGCACGGAAUCUACCAAGAUGUGACAGGGGUGUCCUCCUAUUCCAUCCACAGACCCUCUUGCCUCAGGCGGAACCAGGCACCUCCGGCUGCAAGAGGACAGUGGCCCAAACAACCUGGGCCACGUGCCCACACUGUCAGCGGUACCCUGUGGACUCAGGCCCGUGGCCUUUCCCAGGGAUCGUCCCCGGAAGAAUGCCUUCCUUCCUGCUGCCACUUCAGCUGCUGCCGGUUGGAAGGCUCCUGGACCAGGGACUGAGCACCUGCAACCAUCUGGACCCUUGGCCCAAAGCUUUCAAUGGUACAAACCUGGGGCCCCCAAGGCCCUUCUCUGACCACCAGGCACCAGCCAUCUCCAGGAAGCAACCCCCCUUCUUCCCAAGAGAAGCCCUGCCCACCCUCCAGGUGCCAAAGCCCAGCUCAGAUUCCAGUGCUAGUUGCUCAAUGGCCUAAGGUUCCCUGCAGCCAAGUGAAAUACUCAGCCAUGCUGGGUGCAAGGGAGUGUCCUGCCCUCUGUGCCAACUCAGUGCCUGAGGCAAAGGGGAACCCAGGGAAUCCCCUCCCCCGACUUCCUGGACCCUGCCUGCAUUUGCUUGUAAUCCAUGGGAGCGGUCAGCACCCCUGUGGUGGAUCAGAUGCUGGGUGCCUGCUAGGAGGAGGAGCAUUCUGGGGGCUCUCAACACACCUAGCCAAUCACAAUCUUGGCUGUCACCUUGGCACGUCCCCCCUCUCUCAAUGCACCUGAGCCAGGAUGGAUGAGGACGGGGCUGGGAAUGACUUAAGAAACUCCUUGCAGAGGCCGGGACCGGCGCUGUGUCAGAGUGGGAGGAGGCACUGUCAGCAGCUGGAGGUGACAUUAUCCGGGCUCUGAGAGCAUUGUAGAGGCUCCAUGCCUCACCCAGGGAGGGAGGCAGGCUUCCUCCAGCUGGGAGGGUCCAGGCCUCUCCAGGACAGCUGUGGAACUUCAGGCCUCGACCAUAUGAGGUGUGCUAUCAUAUUUUUGGUGAUCGCUUCAUUGAUUGGCUCCUGUCAAAACAAUCCCAACCCAGGCUGGGCUUCUCAGAUUCCCAGACCUUCAACCUCUCCUUGUAAGGCUGGGGCUAACCACUUUGGUUGGUCCCAAAUUUGGGGGGCUGGGCAGAGGGGUCUGAACUGCCCAGCUCCUGCCCCAGAGAGUCACCUGGCUAGAGUCACCUGUACCCCAUUAGGGACUGCUCCACAUAACCCUGCUACAAUCCACACAGCAGCCAGGAAUGUCUUCUCACAGGGUGAGCUCCGAUUCUGCCACUCCCCAGCUCCAGAAGCUACUGCUGGGUCAAGCCAGAGCUUCUUUGUCUGGUGCUCGGUGCCCACUGGGAGCUGACUGCAAAUGAUGCUUCUAGCCUCAUCCUGACCCAAGACUCCAGGCAAAUUGAAAUAUCUGUCCACCCUGGGCUACAGCUCACUCGGCGUGCAUGCCCUCCGUGAAGCCCUCUGUCUCCACCUGCAGCCUCCUCCUGCCUGAAAUCAAGGGAGGACAGGGACCACUUCCUUUGGGCAGUGUGGGUCACCCCUGUCAUGCCUGCUCCUUUCUACAAGCCUGGGAGGCUCCCAGAGAGCGAGACCAAGUCCAACCCCUCAUCUGCUUCACGGGCGACAGGCUCAGAGGUAUGGGGCCUGUGUUUACUGAGUGAAGGGUGGCCCUGUCUAGUCCUGGGCGCACCCCCUUCUUCCCUUGGAUGCCCCUGUAGAGAAGCUGUCUCUCCCAGCAGGCCCAUAGUGCAUUCCUUUCAGGUCAGUCUGACAUCUGAGAGCAAGCCCACUUUGGCCAGAAACUUACUUCCAGGGCCUUGAGAAAUCACCAGAGCCUGAUUUUCUCCCUGAGAAAUGGGGAGACUUGGGGACUGCCUUAUAUUACUCACAGGCUCUAGGAUCUCACUCUGAGUAGUCUAUAUAAAUAGAAACCAAGUCUUGGGGUUUAGAAAGCGAGGCAGGCCUCCUCCCACAGUGCAGUAACCUCUUCCUGGUUUUUCCCCUGUCACAUCUCCCUGAGACACCCCAGGCUGAAUUGUGCCUGGAGUUGGUCACCGUAUCACCCCGGGGCCAGCAUACUCUGCCUGGCAUGUGGUGUCACGGGGUGGGCAGUAAAGCUAUCCUUGACCUGAAGGACAAAAAGCUGGGGGUGGGGAGGAGAGGGCUCUCAAAGGUCUGCUGUACCACCCAGCUGUGUCCCCAGGUUGAUCCUUGGAGACCUUUGUGAGCUGGGGGUCGCAGGUGCUAAGUUUUAGGCUAGGGGAGAGUGGGGCUCCAUGGCUUGGUGUGGUGGGUUUCUUUAAGGCUCGAGGAGCUGAGGCUCAGAGGGAGAAAACCAUUUUCUGGAACCACCCCCAGACCCUGCCAACCCAUGGCUUCCUGGACUCUUGGCGCCUCUGGGAGUCAGCACCCUGCUCCCGGCUCCCCUUCUGCCCCACACCUGGCCCUGAUGCAGGGAGGUGGGCACACUGCCAACCUCCCACUCUUCUGCCCCUCCCAAGCCUGGGAGCCUGUCCCAGCGGGCAGGCCCAGAUUUGCUCUGUUUGGCUCAGCCUGCAACUUGGAAACCCCACAGCUGGUGAGGAGGGUAAUUCAUGCCCGGCCUCCCUCCCCACCCAGCAACUGAGGCCUCCAGGGAGGGCUCGGGAGGGCACCCAGCCUCCUUUUUCAGGUCCCUGCCUUCCUCCCCCAAGGCCCAAAGCUGUGGCUCCUGCUUCCCGGGCAAAAGAGCCCUUUCUUUUUGUGCCUGUUUAUUUCCCAAGAGGGGAGCUUCAGCCAAGAGCCCUGUGAAAGCAGCUCUGUUCUGGGCUGUGCUGGGCCCUGGCUCUCAACUCCUUUCUGGGAAAUGUGACGUCUCCAGCUCCCUCCUGCUCUGAAAGGGCCUCCUGGGCGCAGUGGUGGAUGGGGAGACGACUGUGGGGGAUGGAGGAAGAGAGGAGAGGAGGGCCAAGGCGUUCCUUCUGUUUUGGGCCCAUCCAUCCUGGGUUACAUAACCUGGGGGCUUAACCCUCCCCAGGAGGGAGGAGGAGCCUGGGUCCCUCUUUGGUUACAGCACUGGCUACUCGGGAGCAGCAGCUGGACUGGCCCCUGUUUCCAUCCUGCCACAAGGCCACUGAGCACAUGCUCUGAACUGAAUGUGGCCCUGCCUGUCCUGCGCCGCCGCCCCCCACACCCGCCAUCACCUGCCUGCACGAUGCUGUGGCCCUCACGGAUGUCCUCGGGGAUGCUGGCCUCGUAGCUGCUCUGCAGAAAGAUGGGCCGGUUGUCAUUCACAUCCAGGACGGUGACAAACACGGUAGCUGUGCCUGUGCGCCGCUUGCCCACGGGGCCAUUGUCUGUGGGGGUGCCGAGGAAAUGGUGUUAGCAGCUGCCUGAGGGGCACGCUCCCGGGUGCCAACCAGACUCUGUUCCCCCACCUCUGCAAGGGGGUGGCUCUUUUUCUCUAGGUUAGGAGCAACACUAACAGUAUCUAACAUGUCCCAAGAACUCAUUCAGUCCUCACAACAAGCCUGUCAAGCGGGUGCAUUAUCAGAGGAGGUGACUGAGGCAUGAAGUAGGUUGAAUGGUGGCCCCCGAAAGAUAUACCCAUGGCAAGUCCCUGGGAACCUGUACAUGUAACCUUGCAGGGAGAAAGGGUCUUUGAAGAUGUAAUUAAGGAUCCUGAGAGGAGGUAUCCUGGAUUAUCUGGGUGGGCCGUAAAUCCCAUGACAAGGGUCCUUACAAGAGACAGGCAUGAGGGUUGGGGGGAUGGCGCAGAUUUGACACAGAGAGGAGAAGGUCAUGUGAAGUUGGAGGUGGAGACCAGAGUCCUGCAGCCACCAGCCAAGGGACACUUGGAGCCACCAGAAACCGGAAGAGGUGGGGAAGGACCCUCCCCUAGAACCUUUGGAUGGAAUACAGUCCUGCUGACACCUUAAUUUUGAACUUCUGGCCCCCGGAGCCGUGAGAAAAUAAAUGUGUUCCUUAAGCCACCA